AUGAGGAUGAACAUUUAUGGUGGGAGCCCUAAAACGCUGGAGCAGAGAGGAGACCAGCAGGAGCAGAGAAGGGACCAGCAGGAGCAGAGAAGGGACCAGCAGGAGCAGAAAGGGGACCAGCAGGAGCAGAAAGGGGACCAGCAGGAGCCACGCGGAGAGUCCGCUCCAGCGUCCUUGGGAAAAGCACGGGAGCUGAGCAUGGAACCCACUGUCAACAGAUGUUCGGACCAUACAGAGGGCUUCCUAUUCUUCUUGGGGACAAUGCCUUUAAGUUCUUCACAAGUCAUAAAAAUGCUGCUGAUGGUGACCCACAUCCCCAUAGAAAUCAUAUUCAAUGGGGCCAGAACAAAAGUCAACGUCUCAGCCCAAAUGUGGCCUGACGUUGCGUAUCAGCCGUGCUACUCCGCGCUCUUUGUGGUGCCAAUCUCCUAUCUCUGCCAUGACAUUCUCUCCAAAGAAAGAGUAGAUUUCCUCCAGACUCCGGCCUUUGCUACUUCCCCGAGACCCUCCCACCCGCGCUAA